CGCUCGCUGAACAGCGUUCAGUUUCAGUCCCGGCCCAAAGCUGCCGCCGAGUGGGUGCGCCGCGUCCGUCUGUCCGUCCGCCUGCCGUCGGGCCAAGCCUCAGUGUAGACGUCACACAGUCUGCUUUGUUUUGGUUGGCGUUUCCAGUCCGAACUGUCAAAAGAGACUUCUAGGGGCGCGUGGGCGGGUCCUUGUGUGUGUUGUGUGUGGUUUCGGGAGUGGUGUGCUGGUUUCAGCGGCCUCUGAUUGGAUUACCUGCUUAAAAGCAUCUUCUGCAUGAAAGGUGUUUGACGGCGCGCUCCUCAUGUGACGACUGACCCGGCCGGCGUACCCCCUGCUGCCCCGCUGCAAGGUCGCUCUGCCGUGCCAUGGAGUGGGCCAUGCUGCCCUGUGCGGUGCUGCUGCUGCUACUCGCCCUGCCACCCGACCAGGCCGACGCCGCGCUGGAGGGGCCUCACAUCUGCACUCGGCAGGCGCCAUACAACCAGACUGUGAGGGUGUCGAAGCAAGUUCCAGUCCAGAGGAAGGUUUACUCGUGGUGCCUGAACAUUCCACCUCGCUGUUCCAAGUACAAGCUGGAGCUCAAGACCCAGUAUACAACCCAGACUUUGUCUAAAACAAGACCUGUUGAGGAGUGUUGUGAUGGGUAUGUCCAAAGUGGAAACCGAUGUGUUGCACAUUGUGACGAGGUCUGCAUUCAUGGCAAGUGUGUGGAACCCAACAAAUGCCAGUGUGAAGAAAAUUUCGGUGGACCAACAUGCAAUCAAACUUGUCCAGACAAUCGCUUUGGCCCUAACUGUGAGCACAGGUGUCAGUGUGUAAAUCAAGCUAUUUGUGAUCCUUUUUCUGGAGAGUGCAAUUGUAAACCUGGCUGGACAGGUCAGCAUUGCUCUUUAGAAUGCCCUCCUGGAAAAUAUGGACAAGAUUGUGAAGAAAAUUGCAAGUGUCAAAAUGGGGGAACUUGUGAUCACGUGUCAGGCGAGUGCCAUUGUGCUCCAGGAUGGAUGGGACCUUUGUGUGAGAAUCAGUGCCCUGAAGGUAAACAUGGAAAUGAAUGUGCUGCAGAGUGCAGGUGUCAAAAUGGUGGAACAUGUAACCCAACCUCAGGAAAGUGCUAUUGCACUCCUGGAUGGACGGGUGAUGUCUGUGGAAACCGUUGUGGAUUUGGUCUCUGGGGAGUGAAUUGUUCUAAAGUUUGUGAUUGCUACAAUGGAGCACCUUGUCAUCACAUUAGUGGGGCAUGUGAAUGUCAAGCUGGAUUCAGAGGGGACAAGUGUCUUGAUCGCUGUCCUGAGGGAUACUAUGGAGUGAUGUGUGCCAAAAAAUGUGACUGUAAGAAUGGUGCAUUAUGCUCACCUGGGGAUGGAACUUGCAAAUGCAAGGAAGGCUGGAAUGGUCCUGACUGCUCACAGCGAGCUUGUCCAGAAUGGACUUUUGGAGCAAAUUGCACAGGAAGCUGCAGUUGUGACAUGAACAAUACUGAGAGUUGUGAUCCACAUACAGGUGCUUGCAAUUGCAAGCCUGGCUGGGAUGUACGUUCCUGUGCUCGCCCUUGCCCAAUGCUCACUUAUGGCUUAGGAUGUAAGCAAAAGUGUGAUUGUAAAAAUAAUGCUCUUUGUUCCUCUGUUGAUGGCUCUUGCAUCUGUGCUGCUGGUUACCGGGGCAAAGAUUGCAGCUUAGAAUGCCCUCCUGGCACUUUUGGAGAGGACUGUGCUCAGAACUGUAACUGCAACGGUGCAAAAUGUGAUCAUGAGACUGGACAGUGCUAUUGCAAUCCAGGUUGGGAAGGUAUUGAAUGUGAACGGCCAUGUAAUGGUACUUCAUUUGGAAAAGACUGCAAAGAAAAUUGUAAAUGUGAGAAUGGUGGUGUUUGUCAUCCCAUAAAUGGCACCUGCACUUGUCCAGCAGGAUUUGAAGGAGAAUUUUGUGAGCGAAAAUGUGAGGAGGGCCGUUAUGGUAUUGGCUGUCGUUUAGAAUGUGACUGUGACCCGCACAAUACUAUAGGUUGUGAUCUUAAAACAGGACAGUGCCAUUGCAAACGUAAUUGGAGGGGGAUGAGGUGUGCGACUGAAUGCAAAGAAGGAUAUUUUGGCCCAGAUUGUAGUAAUGAGUGUGAUUGUGCAAAUAAUAGUACCUGUGAUGCUGUCAGUGGGGCGUGUAUCUGUGCAAGGGGCUGGCAAGGUGAUCGCUGCAGUAUUCCUUGUAACCCAGGCCGAUAUGGCAUUGGCUGUAAAGAAGAAUGCCCUCACUGGGCAUAUGGUGUCAAUGGUGAACCUGCUUGCAAUCAUAUUACUGGAGAAUACCAUUGUAAACCUGGUUUCCAAGGAUUGAACUGUGAAAUUCCAUGUUCAGAGUAUACUUAUGGUCAAGAUUGCAAAGAACAAUGUAGUUGUAAGAAGACUACAAGGUGCCACUAUGUGACAGGAGAGUGUCAAUGCCUGCCUGGAUGGACAGGCGAUAAAUGUGAGCGCCCAUGCCGUCCUGGCUUCUUUGGCUUGCACUGCAGUCAGACCUGUAAGUGUCAAAACGGUGGGCACUGUCGAAGCAAUGAUGGUUUUUGCCACUGUAAGCCUGGUUGGACAGGUCCAAAAUGCUAUGAAGCUUGUCCGGAUGGUUUGUAUGGCACCAAUUGUAUGGAGGUGUGUGAAUGUGAAAAUGAUGAGAAGUUUGACUGCCAUCCCAUUAAGGGCUGUGUCUGCCGCAAAGGUCUCUCGGGUAAAAGUUGUGAGCUUGGUGAUAUAGAAGUUUCUGGACGAUUACAAGGUGAUGUUGAAGGGAAGGCGCAAACUAGUAACGCUGGCAUGGUUGCUGGAGUCAUUCUUGCAGUUUUACUUUCCUGUGGCGUUGUGGGCUUCAUAUUAUUGUAUUACCGUCGUCGGGUCAAGAGUCUGAAAACAGAGUUGGCCCAAGUGCACUAUCAUGCAGAUCCCGGAGUUUCCCCUGACCGUCACCACUUUGACAAUCCAGCCUAUUCAUACACAGGAAGGGUUGCUGCCAAUGGCUCUGCUGUUGGUGUUGGAUCUGAUGAGGGGUCACUCUUGCCCCUUAACAAUAUGCACAAGAAAAUUCAUAAUAAUCUUGGCAGCAAAAAUAAUCUCAAUAUUGAAAGGCAGAGAGCUGGUUGUAGCACUGAAGAUGAUGAUGACUUAUGCUCAAAGGGUGCAUAUGGGCUACAGUUCGAGCAUCCUAUCUCUGCAAAGAAUUGGGGAGCAGAUCUUGGUAAUCCUAAUUUAAAUAUGUAUCAAUCAGUAGAUGACAAAGCCAUGGAACAUGUUUAUGACGAAAUCAAGCAAGCCAAGGGUAAAGAAGCAGAAAUGGAGUAUGAUCAUUUGGAUUAUAGUAGGCCUGCAACUUCAUGGAAACCUCACUACCACCAGCUUUUGGACAAAGGAAGCAUUUCAGGGGCUGGCUCUUCCAGUGCUGCAAGUACAGCAAGCACAGCAAUACUUAACAUACCAAAUACAGAGGUGGAGCCUAGCAGUAGUAGCAACUGCAGCAACAGUAGCAGCAGCAGCACGAGCUCAAGUGGGAGUGAAGAUGUAGCCAAGAAAAUGAUUUGAUCCUCAUACUCUCUUUUUGUAUCUUAACUUUAAAUGAACAUUCCGCUCUGCGAGGGCUCCUUUUCUCUUACUGAGUAGGAAUUAAGGUGGAUCUGCAAUAUAUGCAUAUAUGCAUUUUCUCGUGAGAUGGUACAUUUUGACUGAUUUCAGGGGCAACUAAAUGAAGCACAGUUCCUCUAAGGAACUCUCUCAGAAAUAUUUCUGAUGUUGUCCGUGGGCUCAUGAGACUAGUCACUUGCUUGAUUUUAAUUUUCCAUCCUUUUGUGUGCAAACACUAUUUUAAAGUUUUACCACUGACCAGAACCUUUUUUUAAUUUUGACCAUCCAAUGAAUUAAAGGAGAGAUCAUCUUCGAGGUCCUGAACAUGUUUAAAACUCUUUAUUUCCCUUUCAUUUGUGACUUGUUUAGAAGACCGUUACGGAGUUCUUUUGUGAUAUACCAACAUUUCUUAGUCUGUAGUUUUAAUGACUCUUACUUUUUGAGAUUUCUGCUGUUUCUACCAGUCUACUUUUAUGAAGUGCUGAACCAUUUUGAAUGAAAUAAGACGAGCAAUCAAUUAUAAUUAUUUUGUACAUAUUCUAUUUAUUUUUUGUAUAUAUUGUCAUUGUCAUUUUAGUUUAAAAACAAAAUCCUUUUUAUUACUGUUUUUCUAUAACUAAGAAUUAUAUUAAUAUUACAAAUAUUUUGUGUGUUCAUGUACAGUACACUUGUAUCAUUGUAAUUUUUGAGUGCAGAAGUAUUGCUUUUAUUGUGUAUCAUGUGUUCAUUGUGUGUCAGGGCAAAGGUCUUCCUUCCUAUUGCACACCUAUUGAAGUGAUUUCUAUUGGAUGUAAUGGAAUGCUUUGAGAAAUUGAGUUUUCAGCAUGUGGAAACAUGCAAAUUUUAAACUGCAUAGAAGCUAGGAAUCGUGGGUUGAUAUUUUCAAUGAAAAUUUUAUGUUCUGUAAUUUUCUUAAUCCGAAUGAAAUUUAACACAACUAAACAGUAAUAGCACUUCUAUUUGCUGUUCUCAUUUAUUUAGAGCAUGUGUUUGAGAUGUAUCAAGUAUUCUAGCGUCAAUCAACGAAUCAUUGCAUCAAUUUGAUAUUGCUUAACAUUUAUUUGUUAAUUUGUCAGAUGUUGUGCCAACUUUAGGUACCAUAAUUUGUUAAAAAUUUGUCUGAUUUCAUUUUAUGAGUUUUACAUAAAUUUAGACAAAUAUUCCAACAUAUGUUUUGUGUGUUGUUUAAUUGGCAAUCUCUUUAUUGUCUAUGAGGAGCUGUGUGUAAAGAAACAGACUGAAUUCUUUUGUAGAUAGAUGGCCCUCUGUGAAUUAUGUAUUGUGACAUUGUGACUGUGAUGGAAAUAAAUAUAUUUUAAUUCAUA